UGGUAAAUAUAAAAGCACUUUAGUGCUACUACAGACGUUGCUGAUUGUACAUCUCGUCCGUGGUUCGCAAACAUCGUUGUAUCUUAGAGAGAAUGUGUAAUUUAUCAUUGCGUUGUUCGCAAACAUAGAACAGAUCAGCAAUAUACUUGGCGAAGUCCAUCCAGCAACCACAUCAAGUGGCCUUUUUCAGACUGGUAUGACACCAGGUGUAGGAAGUAAAACACCCGCAACACCAAAGCAGAGAUUUAAUAUAACUCGAAAAUAUGAGAAGUAUGCUUCCAUAAAAAGGCUAGUUCAGCUCGAGUGAUGUUACAUCGGGUAGAUCAAGCGAGAUCGUAUAUUAUGAUCACUUACAACGCUGAUGCUUUUUCAGAAAUUCCCUUCAUUUUCACAUAGGCCUAAUUAAAAAUCUUUGGCCUAAUGUCUCGACUUGUUAUUCCACUAUCAACGUUCAAACAAUGAGACUCAAUUUAGGAUCAAGUGUAUGUCUACUUGUAUUUCUCAAAGUGACUCUGUUAAUUAUUUCUUAGCCGGGCAAACUACUAAUCGUAAUCAAUCUCAAUUACCAAACUCCGUGCUCCUUGAAAACAAAUUGAUACGGAUAGUUAACCUUUGAGUUACCGUCGUUAUAGAAACAUAGUAUUUUGUUGUAUAAGGUUCAUUCUAACUAAAAGACCUAUUAAAAAUUAUUCUACUGACGCUUCAGGUAUAGGAUAACGGACGCCCAAGAAGUAAUAUCAGCACCGUAGGCCUAUCCUGGCAGCUAACAUGCAUUACGGAAUAUAGAAAGUGAUAGACCCAAAACUAACAGCAACCACAACAUGGCCUACCGACGCAAACAUAGCAGGAAAAGGGGUACUUGACUCGAUUUUUAUUACUUUAUGGGCAUGGAAGGAAGAACUACCAAUAUUACAACAAAAGAGUUCCAAAUUCUUAAGAAAAAGAAGGAAACACAGUCUCGCAUUAACGCUGUUAACACUGGUACCUUUCCUAGGAUACAUCAGAACGAAGCUGCGCAGGACUACGUAUUUCAAAAUGUUAAAGAUUUUAUGAGUGGAAAAUUAGCAAACAGUCUGAUUAAAUCUAGGACCAGUUCGUAUUUAACUUGCAAUAAGAAUUAUAGUGCCGGCAGUGUAUGGGAAAGCCAGUGGGGGAAAUACGACAUCGAUGUUACGCAGUGUAUGAAACUCAAACGCGAACAAUCACGCUUCUAUAAAAGCGCCAUGAAGACUAAUGGCGCGCCGAAAAUGCCACCAAUCGUCUUGGCACCUACAAGGAAUAACUAUAGUCAAAGACAAAAACACACAGGAAAAAUGCGUGAUGGUACAUCAGAAGAUGAAUAUGCAUACAUGCCUAGUAUUCAACAGAAAAUUGCAAUAAAACCUAAGCAUAAUUUUAAGCUGGCUGAUGUAACUGGAAUGGAUCUGAUGAACUCGCGUGAAGUUGCGCGAAUUACCGGAAUUAAGAGAGAGUCAAGUAUUGUACUUGGAAAUAUCAACCGAAAUUUCAAUUCAAGGAAAGCUAACGUUAAGAUUCAUCUACCAAAGCUAAAACAAAGUCAGAACACUAAACAAACGUGUAAAUACUUACCCCAGAUGCACAAAGGACCAACUCAACCAGAAAUUGAACCAUCAGUAAAAAAUACCAAGAAUGUACAACAAAUUCAGAAGAAGCCAGAACAACCUGAAACUAAUCUAACUAUAUCAACAAUCCAGUCUGAGCCAAGCUAUGUUGACAAAGUAAUUCUGGGGAGGGUGGGAAAAGAUAGGUCUGCUGGGGCUUUCAUAAUCGAAGGGGUUAGGCCGAAGGAGAAAAGUCCUAAAGGAUACAGAUCCAAAAAAGAAGAGAAAUCGGGAGAUUUACAAACUGUUAAAAUUAAGUCAGUUGGUUCCUCUGGAACUUUUACAACAAAAAGGGAAAAAUCACAGCCUAUAUUAAGAGAAUACACAUCAAUUAUCGUCCAUGAUGACUGUUUUAAUGGAGAUAGAGUAUCGGAAACCGAUAAUAAUGGAAAUAAACCAAGGACGGUGCGAUUUAACAUCAAAACUGAAGUACGUGAAUAUGAGGUUGAUACAGGGACAUAUGAUGAUUUUGUAGACAAUGAUAUAAGUUCGUGAUUUCAUUUCAGUAUGUUUUGUUUUCCCAAAUUGGCAUAGGCAUAGAGAAAUCAAUAUAAGCCUUAGUAAAUUUAAAGUUGUGUGUCUAAUGAGUGCUGUUGUAAAACUAUCGUAACAACGUCUUUCUAGUUUACAAUGUUGGUCUUACAAAUGACAAUGUUCCUAAGAAAGGAAAUUAGGCCUACAUAUUUGACAUUAAUUCGUUGAUAUUAAUACGAAAUAACUGUUUUAUUGUGCUAUAUAGAAAUGCAGUUCGAUAUCGAAGUAGAGUUAUUAAUUUGAUAUUGAAAUACCAAUAUAGGAAAAAAUCAUUACCGUAGUAAAUUUUGGGCCUAUUUAUUGUCUAAAUUAAAAUUAUAUAUUAUAAUAAUAUUGUCAAAGUUAAAAUUAUAUACUAUUAUAAUGUUUAUUUUUAUAUCUAUGUAUGUUUAUAAUUUCAACUUAAAAUUAGAUUCAAAUUACAAAUAAAAUAUUUUUCUCGCCAAUUAAUAGACGCACAAAUAAUAUACAGUUCUUAUAUUCAUAAGUUAAAGCAUUGGCUGGUAAUUUAACGAUUUUCAGAGUAAACGGUUUGUAAAUAAGCGAAAAGGUUGUUUGCCUCAUAUUCAUAAAGAGGCUAUUCAGAUCUUAACAGAGCCAGUAUAUUUGUAAAAUGUGAUGUAUAUAAAUAUCAUUCACUGAAUUAUCAUCAUUCAAAAACAACUAUGUCAUUACACAAAGAAAUUCAAAGAUUGAAAGAAGUGGCUGACAAUAGUAUAUAUCAUAGCCUUUAUCAUAGGCCGUACAUUUUAUAAAAAAUAUAAUAAUAACAAUGAUAUGCAAUUUAAUGUUAAAUGAACAAGUAUAGAGAAUCA